AUGUUGAAUUUUAACAAGAACACCGAUAGUAUAAUCGAAGAUGGUACCAAGCGCUUGCAAAAGAACAAGCUGCCAUACUAUGAAAGAAAGAAAAUAGAGCUUUACAAAACCGAAAUUUGCAGAAGCUACGAGGAAAAUGGUUAUUGUCGUUACAAUGAAAAGUGCCAAUUCGCGCAUUCAUUGGGUGAAUUAAGGAAGAUAGACAGACAUCCAAGAUACAAGACAGAGAUAUGUAAAACAUACUGGGAAGAAGGAACGUGUCCCUACGGCAAGAGAUGUUGUUUUAUACACAAAGAGAACAUUGUUAAGGAUCGGGAUAUAGAAAUUAAUACGAUUAGUAUGAGUGAGGAAAUGGACACCGUGAAGGAGAAGUCUAAAAUUAGGGACUUGAAACCUUUUUACUAUAAACCCAACGAUUAUUUCGACAAUAGUUUGCUGUAUGUUAGAAUAGAUAACACUUUUAAAGAUGAUGAAAAGAUUCCAGGCGCUUUUUUUGUUCCAAAAUAUGAUAAGAAGAUCGCAAAAUUUGUUCUUGAUCAUCUAGACUUGUAAAUAAACAUCAGUUAUUUUUGAAUGUUCUCUAUGUUGUCCGCAUUCUAUUUCGCAUGUUG